AUGUCUAUCAACCCCUCAGUUGGUCGCCAAGUGCACUCAAAUAGCACAGCCUCCGAAUCAUCCCCUCUAAUCCAGCCACCCGCUGACGUACCGCCUGCUGGCGAAGUCUCGCGUGCAAGGCUAUGGUCUAUCCUAGGCGCUACAUGGGUCGGCGUUUUUCUGGCUUCGCUUGAUUCAACGAUUAUUGCUACCCUGUUAGGUCCGAUAUCUAAUUCAUUUUCAUCGUUUUCUACGAUAUCAUGGGUUGCGAGCGGGUAUUUGAUUACCAAUUCGGCGUUUCAGCCGUUGUCGGGUCGGUUGACGGAUAUUUUCGGUCGAAGGGCUGGGUUAAUUGCUGCCAAUAUCGCGUUCGGGACGGGGACAUUGAUGUGUGGACUUGCGAAGGAUGAGAGCGUUUUGAUUGCCGGAAGGUUGAUUGCUGGUGCUGGUGGAGGGUGCUUGAAUGCUAUUGCAACUUUUGUUGCGUCUGAUCUUGUGCCACUUCGUCGUCGGGGACUAUACCAGGGUCUUGGGAAUCUUAUAUUCGGCCUUGGUGCUGGUCUAGGCGGGUGGAUUGGUGGUCUGUUCAACGACUCGUCAUUGGGCUGGAGAUGGGCCUUCCUCUUCCAAAUUCCCAUUAUCAUCGUCUCCGCAAUAGCAGUCGCUCUCCUGGUUGACAUCCCCAUCAGGAAUACCUCAGAAGGCGCCCUCCAACGAGUCGACUUCCUCGGCGCCAUAACUUUAGUAUCCUCUCUAAUCCUCCUUCUGGUGGGGUUAAACACCGGUGGUAGCAUCCUACCAUGGACCCACCCAUUAGUACUAACAACAAUCCCACUAUCGCUUAUCAUCUUCGUUCUAUUCGUCUGGACAGAGUCUAGAGCGAAAGAACCAAUCAUCCCCGUCCGUCUUUUUAGACUGAGGACAACAUGGUCCGCUUGCCUUACGAACUGGUUCUUUGUAAUGGCCAUCUAUGCAUUACUCUUCUACGGACCGCUUUAUUUCCAACUGCAAGGCCAUUCAGCUACAGAAUCCGGUCUUAGACUUCUUCCAAAUGCAGUCGGCCUUUCCGUGGGGUCUUUGUCUAGUGGGUAUAUCAUGCGACAUACUGGAAGAUAUUAUGGUUUGGGAAUCUGGAUCAAUACUGCUUUUGUCAGCGCCAUAGCGUUGAUCACGACAUUCACGCUUAAAACUACAGAUUUCCCACAAUAUUUAGCAUACUUCUUCGUCGGUUACGGCUAUGGUGGUAUGUUAACCGUCACAUUGAUUGCGCUAAUUUCAAGCGUGGACCACGACUUCCAGGCCGUCAUAACAUCAGCAAGCUAUGCGUUUAGAGCGACCGGCAGCACAAUCGGCGUUACCGUUGCUUCUGCCGCGUUUCAAAAUGUGCUUAAAGGUGAGUUGGAGAGAAGACUUGGUGGUGGAGGUCCAGAAGCGGAAGAUAUUAUCAGAAGGGUUAGAGAGAGUUUUGAAGAAAUAUGGAAGAUACCAAUUGAAUGGAGGAGCGAAGUUUUGAAUGCAGAGAUGGCAGCAUUGAGGUCUGUGUUUUUGGUGGCGCUAGGUUUGGGAGGGAUCGGAUGGAUUGCGGGGAGUUUUAUUGGGCAUCAUAAAUUGCAUACUACGUUGAGUAGGGAAGAUAUUCAUGAAGAAGAGGAUUAG